AUGGAGAUCCUGCUGUUCCUGAUUUCACCUCUUCUAGGUGUCCCAGACCGCCCCGGCCCCGCCGCCAAGAAGCCGAAGAAGGCGGCGAGCGGCUCCAAAGCCCGCAAGCCCGCGGGGCCCAGCGUCACCGAGCUGAUCACCAAGGCCGUGUCCGCCUCCAAGGAGCGCAAGGGGCUCUCGCUCGCCGCGCUCAAGAAGGCGCUGGCCGCCGGCGGCUACGAUGUGGAGAAGAACAACAGCCGCAUCAAGCUGGGGCUCAAGAGCCUCGUCAGCAAGGGCACUCUGGUGCAGACCAAGGGCACCGGCGCCUCCGGCUCCUUCCGCCUCAGCAAGAAACCCGGGGAAGUGAAGGAAAAGGCUCCUAAGAAGAAAAAAACUACAGUAAUCAAGCCCAAGAAGCCGGCGGCUAGGAAGCCCGCCAGGGCCGCCAAGAAGGCGGUGACAGCAAAGAACAGCCCCAAGAAGGUUAAGCCUGCAGCCAAGAAAGCAGCCAAGAGCCCAAAGAAGGCGACAAAGACUGUCAGGCCCAAAAAAGCGGUGGCAGCAGCGAAGAGCCCGCCUAAGGCGAAAGCGGUGAAGCCCAAAGCGGCCAAGCCAAAAAGGCAGCACACAAGAAGAAGAAAAGCCCCACAUGGAAAUAGUCUUGCUUCGCAUUUAAACCCAAUGGCUCUUUUAAGAGCUACCGACAUUUGGGCUGGAAUGCUGUGGCUGCCGCCGUUUUGGAGAGGGGUGUGGUGA